CCUACUCUCCCUCACUGCCUUCCACACCUCCUCUGUUCCUUCUUCUCGGUAGUAAUUGCCUCGGUUUUGUAGCACGAACUGAGCCACUUUUUGCUUGUUUCUCCUUUAGUUGUCUCUUUUUCUGGAGAAAAGAUCGUUUUUUUACGACGGAGAGGUGACUUCUUUGUGCCGGAGCUUCCACCUCUCUCUCUCUCUCUCUCUCUCUCUCUCUCUCUCUCUGCUGCCAUUAGAAUAGUGAGGCAAAAAGGUCUCACCUUUGCUGUGUUUUCUCUGUUUUUGGACGCAAGAUGGGUUACCAACCACCGGCUUUUACUCCCUUGGAUGUCUCGGUUGAGCUCGGCCAUGAGCAUCAGCUCCAGGGGGCCACCAAGAGCUACGAUGACGAUGGGCGGCUCAAGAGGACCGGGACCGUGUGGACGGCCACCGCCCACAUCGUCACGGCGGUGAUCGGGUCCGGCGUGCUGUCGUUGGCCUGGACCAUAGCGCAGCUCGGCUGGGUCGCCGGCCCGGUGGUCAUGUUCCUCUUCUCGUUCGUCACGUACUACACCUCCACUCUGCUCGCUGACUGCUACCGAUCCGGCGACCCCAUCAACGGGAAGCGCAACUACAACUACACGGAUGCGGUCCACGCGUACCUCGGUGGGCUAAAGGUCAAGCUGUGUGGAUUCAUCCAGUACGCCAACCUCUUCGGCGUCGCCAUUGGCUACACCAUAGCCGCUUCCAUUAGCAUGAUGGCGAUCAAGAGGUCCGAUUGCUUCCACGAGAAAGGGCACAAGAACCCAUGCCUCACCUCUAGCAAUCCUUACAUGAUCAUGUUCGGCGUCGCGGAGAUUUUUUUGUCGCAAAUCCCCGACUUCGAUCAGAUAUGGUGGCUCUCCAUCGUCGCCGCGGUCAUGUCCUUCACCUACUCGUCCAUCGGCCUCGCCCUCGGCAUCGUCCAAGUCAUCGGCAACAAAAGCUUCAAAGGCAGCCUUACCGGAAUCAGCAUCGGCGUCAUCUCCCCUACACAGAAGAUAUGGCGCAGCCUGAAGGCCUUGGGCGACAUUGCCUUCGCCUAUUCCUUCUCGGUCGUGCUCAUCGAAAUCCAGGACACCAUCAGAGCCCCACCGCCGUCGGAGGCGAAGGUGAUGAAGAAGGCGUCGCUACUGAGCAUCGUCGUGACCACGCUCUUCUACAUGCUGUGCGGGUGCAUGGGCUACGCCGCGUUCGGCGACUCGGCGCCCGGCAACCUCCUCACCGGCUUCGGCUUCUACAACCCCUACUGGCUCCUCAACAUCGCCAACGCCGCCAUCGUCGUCCACCUGGUCGGCGCCUACCAGGUCUUCUGCCAGCCCCUCUUCGCCUUCAUCGAGAAGUGGGCGGUCAAGACGUGGCCGGAGUCCACCUUCAUCGCCAAGGAGAUCGCGGUCCCCCUCACCCCGACCCGGCGCUACAACCUCAGCCUCUUCCGCCUGGUGUGGCGCUCCUCCUUCGUGGUGCUGACCACCGUCAUCUCGAUGCUGCUACCCUUCUUCAACGACGUGGUGGGCCUGCUCGGCGCGCUCGGCUUCUGGCCGCUGACCGUCUACUUCCCGGUGGAGAUGUACAUUGUGCGGCAGAGGAUCCCCAGGUGGAGCACCAGGUGGGUGUGCCUGCAAAUGCUAAGCUUAGCCUGCCUCGCGGUCAGCAUCGCCGCAGCCAUCGGGUCCGUCGCCGGAGUCGUCACCGACCUCAAUCUCUACCGGCCAUUUAAGACUAGUUACUAAGAUGAUAGGCCGCAGAAGCUGCCAAGUCUCUCUACGCUUUGUCACUAUUGUACUGCCGUCGUUUACUGUGGCCGUUCCUCGGAAGGGAUACAUAAAUCGAAUCCCACUCCCACGGGAGACGAGUCCUAAGAAAGAGUCAAUCACUGUAUGGUAGUGUGCCUACCUACAUAUUGACUUCAGAGACAAUAUGUAGGCAAUUAAAAGUCGUCUCAGUGGUUUUAUAAUACGAUUAAAGUAAGCAAUCCGAUCUCUGCAGAAUCACUGAUUU